AGGAAGCACCGAUAUAUUCCGGAGACUCCCAGAACAUCUGACUCUGAAAUGAAGCCUUUGCUUUGGAUCAAUGACAUAAUUUUCUUGCUGUUCCUCCUUUUCUGGGCACAAUGCGAAGGCUCCGUACCGACUGUCACUGCUGUCCUUCAUGGAACCGCCAUCCUUCCCUGUUCAGUCCCAUUUAUAUCUGGCACAGAGGAUCUGCACGUGGCAUGGCUGAAGAAGAUCGGCACAAAACCAUCCUUGGUGCUUCUCGCCUUUCAUAAAGGACAAUUCGAUUUAACGCACCAGGCUCCUCAGUACAGAGGUCGCACCAACAUGUCUCCUGACUUGCCUAACGGGAGACUGGACCUGACUCUGACCCACGUGGAGCAUCGUGACGAAGGAGUUUAUGUCUGUCACGUGACCAACACAGCGGAUUACAGAGACAUCGAGGUCGGACUGACGGUUAUCGAGAAAAAGCACCGGAAUGAACAUCACAUUGUCAUAGAACAAAACUUUUUAGGCCCGGAAGUCAGUCAGAGGAAAGGUUCUAUUGAAGAGAGAUCAGCUGGAAGUGGCAGAGUCUGUCCUGGGCCAGGGCUUGUCCUCACCAUAGCGCUUCUUGUUUUUUUGUAGUGAAUGAACAUUUUGGAAUUGUGGUUACUUCUGCAAUAAUUGUCUGUAACGUGUGAUCUGAUCUACUUCUAAGUCACAAGAAUCAACAAACAAUCAUAAUCUUCAUAUAUCUGAACGGACAUUGGAGGCAAGCUCCCCUUCAAUCAAUAUCAUUGUCAUCCACAGCUGCUGGAUACAUAACAGUUGGUGAGAUCAAUGUGUGUCGAGAGAUAUAAAAGGAGGUUGUUGCGCUGUGGGGUUUGGCUGUGUGUGUAUUUGGGAUAUGUAUGUUUUGCUGUGUUGUUACUUUAUAAUAAAAUAUGUUUUAAUGUAGACAAA